AUGUCUACAUAUCAAAAUUCUGGGUACAGACCUAGAGGAUACUCUUCGAGUUACUCUUCUCGCCUGAGAGGAAGUAAUGGCGGAGGUAACCGUGGUGCUAGCAACCGGGGAAGAUUCAACAAUGGUUACCAUCAGACACCUCAUACAAGUUACAGACAAAGACAGACACUAGCAUCAUCAUCAUCUUAUAAAGCUAGACAGAAUCUUUAUCAGCAACACAGCGUACCUUUGAGGAAUAACGAGUUUCAGAUGUGGAUGGGUGAUUUAGAUCCCCAUUGGACAGAAGAAUCAAUUGAUAAUUUGUGGACAAAAUUAGUAUCAAAACCCCAUCACGUCAAAAUCAUGAGAGAUCGACUACAACCACUGAAGCCUAGCUAUUGCUUUGUGACUUUUAGAGACAAAGAGUCCAUUGAUUUGGCCAUACAGAGAAAUGGGCAAAAAGUUCCGGACUCAAAUAGAGUUUUCAAACUAAACUAUUCUGGCAGAAACUCAACAGGCAGUAAUGAUCGCAGUACCAAUUUGUCCAAUGAAUAUUCUAUUUUUAUUGGAGAUUUAGCUCCCGAGGUAUCUGAUGCCACCUUAUUCAACAAGUUUAGCAUGAAGUAUCCAAAUCAAAUCAAGCAAGCUAAAGUUAUCGUUGAUUCUUCAACUAGAAAAAGUAAAGGUUUCGGGUUUGUUAAAUUUCAUUCACCCGAAACAAUGAACCGAGCACUAAAGGAAAUGCAGGGCUAUACCAUUGGAUCCAAAGCUAUCAGAGUUGGCUUAGCAGCAGGAUCUAAUGUGGAUACAAGUUCCCAGCCAGUCACAAAACUAGAUCAUCACAGAAUUCCUGUGCCCCAACCACAACCAGCUCUAAACCAAUUUACUGAUCCAAAUAACACAAGUUUGACAAUUAGUGGAUUGUCUGGACGUAUCACUGAGAGCGAACUUGAACAGCAUUUCAUAGGGUUUGGGGAUAUAAUAUACUGUCGUGUUUCCAGGGACUACCAAACUGGUUAUGUCAAGUUUUAUUCAAGAUCAGCUACAGAAAGUGCUUUUUUAAACAUGUAUGGCUACAUGAUCAAUGACUGCAGGUUACAAAUAGCGUGGGGUAGUAGUGUGCAAGUUUCCGGUGUUAAUGUGAACUAUUUACCUAACGUAACAGGUGAAAUCUACGAAAAGGCUAAAAAAUCACCAGCUAUCUAUGCUCAUCCUGACUAUCCUUAUUUGCGAUUUGAUAAAUUAAGUAGUGAUGAGAUUAAGAAGCUUCCACAACGUCUCGAUGGAAGUGAUGUGCUUACUUCAAGCCAAAUCGAUGAGGCUUAUUUGAAUCACAAAAGAUAUAGAGAAAAGUUGUUUAAUGAUGCAUUGUACUAG